AUAUCGUUAUUAAUUUUCCAGUAACCCGGGCCUCUAGUUUCAGUUGAGACAGAUUGUAAUUGUAUGGAAACUGCUUGGUGGUCAGUGCUUUUAAUAAGAAUAGGCCUAAUAUCACACGACUUAACGUUUAACAUGAAAUCUUUUUUGACUAGGAACAUGUCAAUUCGACUAGACUGGACUGGAUUUUUACGUCUCCAUGUAUAUUGGAUCUUUUGGGGGUUAACGUGUCUCCAUAUAUCUAUUAAGUCAUUUGAUUUUAUUAAAUUUUUUAGGCUAUUGACUGGUUUACUAACUUUUUUACGAGUAUUUGAAUUUUUCCUAUCUACAUUUUUAAGGGCAUCAUUCAUGUCUCCUCCUAAAAUUAUUGUACCUAUUGCGUUUUUGUUUAUAAAGUCAUUUAAUUUUUUGUAAAAGCUAUUUCGUUCAGAUUCUAUAUUUGGGGCAUAUAUGUUUAUAAGAGAAUAAAUUAUAUUUUCAAAUUCGAUAUUUAUCAUGAUUAUUCGACCUUCUAAAUCUUUAUGCUCAUCUAUUAAUUUAUAGUCUACUUUUUUAUUAAUCAAUAUAGCUACCCCUUUGCUUGAUGUCGUCCCAUGGCUAUAAUAAAGAGAAUGAUCUGAUUCGAUAGUUAGAACGUUUUCUAGAGAUGUAUUGAAUUACUUUAUCGGAUUUAUGCUGUGAAGAUGUACUAAGAAUAGUUAUUAAGGUAUUAUUAAGUAUGUAAAGAUCCAUAAAAAAGCCUUUCGAUUCAUUCAAACCUGUGGAUUACAAGUAGCUUCAUAGUCCAGGAUUAUCUGCUGAGUUUAACCAAGCAGCUUGAUGGGGAUUUUGAUGUGAAUAAUGCGUAAGAACAGUUGAACUGAAGAUGGCGGCAACUACGGAUGUGGUGGAAACUAAUGUCACAAGUAGUGAAGAUGAAUCAGAUGAAGUUUCAGAGCUGAAACAGAAGAAAGAGCAGGGGUUAGAAAAAAGAAGGAAAAGAUGAGAAAAGACAUAGUAAAGGCAAAGAAAGAUGGCGAUGAUUCCAAAAAACAAUUGGAAAAGAAAACACCGAAGAAAAGACAGCACAAAGAAACAGAGUUAUUUUCACGACAAACCCGUGUGAACGAGUACUUUAGUGGUUCGCCUAAAAAAAGUCGAAAUGAAACUAGUUUAAAAGUUUCCACAGUAAAUUAUGAUCGACAUGAGAACACUUGUAUUAAUGCUGAGGAGGAACGAAUAUGCAAUUCACCUCGUGAUGAUGAAAGCGAAAAGUCGAUAGAGGAUGAAGACAUUAACUAUUCACCUCGUCAUGAUUUAAGCAAAUGUUCGAUAGAGAUAGACACAGAAGAAGAAGAACAAGAGUUAGAUAAUGAAAGAGAGGAAGAAGAAACACCAGAUAUAGAAGAAGUGGCAGACAUAGAGGACGAAACAACAACAGGAAUAGAAGCCGAAACAACAGAAAUAGAAGUAGCAGAAGAAGAAGAAAGAAGAGAAGAAGACGAAAGUGAACAAGAAGAAGGAGAAGAAGAUGAAGGAGAAGAGGAAUUAGAAAAUGAGGAAUUUUCAAAUUCAGAAGAUACUGCGAGUUGCUUCUGGUCUAUAUACAAACUGGACGAAAAGAGAAUUCCGGGUUGUAGUGUUGUCAGUAAUUUAGAGCAGUUUCGUGACAUUUUAAAGAAAUUCUUUUUAAACGACGAUGAACUAGAACGAAAAAGUUUAAAAAGGAACAAAUAUGACACCUUUUCAUGUAUGCACUUUGUUUGCAUUUCGAAGAAAAAAAGUAACAUUAUUGCUUCCCAAAUAGGCCGACAGAUCGGUUGUGAAAAGGGAGUAGAAUGUCCAGGCGACAGAAGAAGUGGAAAUCUUUUAAUAUACUUUCGCAUGAAAAUGAGUAGUGUCUCCCAAGAUACAUGGCCAGAGGCUUUCUUUCUAUGUCAGGGUAAUGCUUUCAACAAAAUAAUUCAUUUAGCAGACCCAGUUUUGAGGACACAAGCAGCGAAACAUUUCAUGGAUGGGAGUAGAAUAAAAGAAAUAAAAUUUUUAAACAUUGCAGGUCCAAAUGUUUCUACUAAAAUUAUAUGUAAACACACCACUGAUAUUCUAACCCACAGAACAACAUAUAUCAAUGCUUAUAUUUCACACAUUACCGGAUUUAUACCCAAGAAUUGUAAAUUAGACAACCUUGUUCAGGGAAAGGAGGGAAAAGACAUUUUAAUGACAGUCGGUCUAAAUUUUGUGAAAAUACAUAAAAUGCUAUCAUAUGAACAGAUAGGUAAAAUCAAUCAAUUAUUUUCAGAGAUCAAAGAUGAUCUUGCUGCAGACUUUCCUGCUCACAUCAUAGAUGCGUUGGACUACAUACAACGUGUAACAGAUAGGGAUACCAAAUCAGAACUAGAAAGGGAUAUAUUAAAAUAUGCAACUGACAUAUUGACAGGAAAAACCAAUAUGUCUGAUUUUUAUCUUGGUCAUAGAUUUACUGAAGAUUGGUCCAAGGCAUCCGAUAUUAAAUUAUAUGAAAAAUUUGAAAAGGAAAGAUCUGCCGAGCUCGGUUGCUGGCCGAGCAGUCCAUCAUUAGCUGAGGUAGUAAAAAAGCUGAAACUAUUGUUUCCCUCUUCUAAUUUAUUGGAAGAAUAUAUGAAGCAAAACAAAAUACAGUUAGAUUAUUCGCGUCCUGGAGGUGUGGUUAGGGAGCCUAUACAAAAUUAUGUUCAUGGAUACAUUAAACGACGAGAAGGAACUUACUUUAAAGUAGAACAAAAAUGGUUUCUUUUUUCAUCCAGUCUAUAUGAAGUCCUUGACAGAAAUUUUAGUUUUUUGUCCAAUUUAUUGCUGGAACAAAAAGAUAUUAAGAACAUUUUUAAGUACCCAUGGUAUUCCAAAAGAAUGGAGAUAGUUGCAUCUGACCCUAUGGUUAGAACAAUUCUUGGGGUAAACGAAACAGUUUCAGAUGAAAAACUUGAGGAAAUAUUUGAAAUAUUAACUGACGAUUUUGAUUUAUUUGAUGAAAAUGGAAGCGCUCUUUUUACAAAGCCCAGCUGUCUGCUUCCAAUGUCAUCAAAGCUGUGCAACAUGGUCAAACACAAAGAUAGCAGUGAUAAAAGAAAGCGAAUAACAGCUAGCAAAUCCAAUUCGGUCGGUACUCAGUCAGGCAACAAUACAACCAAUGAUGUGAGACCAGGUCCAUCAAAUGAUUCCCGUCAGUUUGUUGUAACAACGGAUACUGCUUCUGAUUCAGGCCAGUCUGUUUCGACAGAACCAGUCCCUACAGGAAGAAAGAAUGAAACAGAUACGGUACGAUCAAAGUUAUUCAAAAUCUAUGAAAAGAAAUCUAGGGAUACAAAAGAAUUUUCGACCAAAAUUUCUAUGCUGACAAAAAAUAAAGCUCAUUAUUUAGUUACAAAUGCAGUUGUCACAAAUGAGGUACUUAAGAAAAUAAAAUUCAUCGAACCGUCUUUAAAAGACACUGAUAUAUCUAACUUUUUAAAAUCAAUGUCAUAUUUGAACGAAAACGAGUUCAACGAAUUGUAUCUCUUUCCAAAUGUACCUGAUGGUUACUUUGUCCUUCCUGGGGACCGAAUUGAGCCUAAUAAGGUUGAACUGUUUGAUUUAUUGAUUCACGACAGAAGAAACAGAGAAAAACGAAUUUCGUACUUAUUCCAAAACAAGAAAGGUUUAGACUAUCAUACAAGAGAUGCUUGUGCUCAAAUACGAAACAGUGCUGAACUGUUGUGGCAUGAUUUUAUGUGCGGCCACAAGCGACAUAUUGAAUUAUUUUGGGAAAUGGUUGUUGAGUCGACGACAGCAACUUCGGCAUAUCGCCACUUUGUCAGAGAAAGAUUGUUAACCCUUAAUAAGCAAGAAUUCCUUGAGAUGUUCGAUGAUGAUGUGAAAUUAGUUUUCGUUUUGGCGUUUGCGCCAACAAAUGCAAAACACAACCAGUUCCUUAAAUGGGAUUUUAAACAUAUUACUUCUAAAAUUCUGAAAGAGUCCGAUCCGAAAUUUGGUUCAGAAGUACACGCUGCCUUAAAGGAAAAAGACAUUUUAAAUGAGCUUGGGUAUUUGACUGACUCGUUCAUUGACAUGACCCAGUUAAACUUCCAAAAAGUAUGCGGAGAUCACCCGGACCUAAAACAACUAGGAACUAAAAAACGUAAUGCCUUGCACAGUUUCCUCAAGAAACAUGGAACUUGUGAUCUUUCAACAAUAGCAAAACUAGAACUGCUAACACUUGACAACUGUUUCAACACAUUUCAAAUUGGAGGAAGCGGUCGACGUUUCAAUUUACAGAUUUGCCAUAUAAAAUCUUGUUGACUCCUUUGCAUGGUUAAAGCAUGCACUGUAGCAUGGAAACACAUUUUCUACUUUUCUACUGUUAUUUAAACAAAAAUUGUAUGUUGAAUAUUGAUAUCAAAAUAAGAAGAUGUGGUUUGAUUGACAAUGAGACAACUAUCCACCAGAGACAAAAAGACGUAGAUGUUAUCAAGUAUAGUUCACCGUACGGCCUUCAACAAUAAGCGAAAUCUAUACCAAAUUGUAAGCAACAUGACAAAAUGUAAAACAUUUUAAACAAAAAAAUCAACGGCCUGAUUUGUAAACAAAACAAAAAACGAUAAACAAAUAUGAUAUUCAGCAACAAAUGACGACAACUGAAAUACUUGUCCUGACAUGAGACAGGCAUAACAGAAUGUGGUAGGGUUAACCAUGUUUGAGGGCGCCCAAGUCUAAAUGAUCUUGUCACUAUAAAUGAAAUACAAAGUAUAAUUUAUAUAUGUAAAUUAACUGGAAAUUCCGUCAAUUAAAACAUAUUAUUGAACUCACUGCCUAAAAACGUAACAAAGGAAACAAAGUUUAAUCAAAUUAGAAAUGUGAUAAUAAAUUAGAAAAGGAAAUGCCUGCAAAUGUGCCUGUUGUAGAUGAAAAAACAUUUAUAAUUGGUUAUCUAUUUUUGUUUUUAUCAAAAUAUGUACAGAAUAUAGUUAAUGCGUUUAUAUUUUUAUUAUGAGACAGCAUAAAUUGUUUUUAUUGUUGAUGUAUAUGUUUUAUUGUCGGAUAAAAGCCAUUGAGAGCUUGUAUUUUCUAUGUUGUACACAACCUGCUUUCAAUAAAAUGUAUCUUAUAUA